CAUCUAUUUAUAGCCCCCACAGAUCCCCUCUUUAGUAUUCCCACAACCCCUUUUGCUCUUUUGCUCUCUCUGCCUCACUCUAAACAUGGCCAAGUACUUCGCCUUUCUCCUUCUCACUCUCCUCGCCAUCACAAUGCUGCAAAUUCCUGUCAUGGCCUCUCAAUUUGAGGGACAAUUGAGCAAGAGUGGAUAUGGCCCUGGCAGCCUCAAGAGCUUCCAAUGCCCAUCGCAGUGCACGAGGCGGUGCAGUAGGACACAGUAUCACAAACCGUGCAUGUUCUUCUGCCAAAAGUGCUGCAAAAAGUGUCUGUGUGUGCCUCCGGGGUAUUAUGGGAACAAAGCUGUUUGCCCUUGCUAUAACAACUGGAAGACCCAGCAAGGAGGACCAAAAUGCCCUUGAAGUCUCUUUUCACACACUUUUACUACUACUACUACUACCAAGUCUACCAUCAUAGACUAUAUAUCUAUUAUUAUCACUAGUAUUAUUAGUCUAUGGUGAUUUAUGCUAACUAGAAAUAUAUCAUAUGUUACUUCUGAUUUCAUAUUUUGAUGUUGGUUUAGGGAGUUUUCUCUACUCCUAUUAAAUUAUACUAUGUUGGUUUGUGUUUGUGCCACUCCAUUUGAGGGCUUUUCCUCUUGAAUGAGAGUUGGAUGCCGACCCAUCUUUAUUUAUGAACUUGUCUACUUUAUUUUAUCAA